GGAUUCAGAGUUCACCUCUCCUACCCAGCGCGGUGCCGGCAGCAUGCUCCCGCCGUUGGUGGCGAUCAGCCGCGGUGGUCACGGCCAGCCGAACAAGGAUGCCGAGGCGAUUGUGGCCAAGAAGCCGGUCGUGCCGGACCGCUUUGCAGAGAAGGCCGCCAACUUCAAGGCAGCGGUGGAGGGCAGCAAGCUGAGCAUCGAACGCGAGCACCAAGAUCGUCUCAAGCGACACGAGAUGAUUGACGAUGGCUUGUCUGCUGUUCAGGACGAGCAGCGUCGCGAGGCCGUGAUGGACCAGUUUCAGGAGCAGGAGAAGCGCCUGGCCGUGGCAAAAUGCAGGCACUGGUCGACGGCCGACCUGACAUCCAUGGCGGUUCUCGGAGCAGCCGAAACUUUCUACACUAUGUCUUCACCGGAUCUAGGGCAUGCACUGCUGAGCGUCUUGCGCUACUUGGAGGAUCACGGGACUUGGUAA